UUCAUACAAAGUACUAUAUUAUGUAAGAAAAUAAUUUGUUUUCUAAGAAUUGUACAUUUAUCACGUACAAUAUCUUUUUUUCAUCGGCAGCUAUUAACUUUAAUUUUUUCUACGAUCUACAAUGUUCGCCAGUUUGAAAAGUAAAAUAAAGGAGGAAACUGGCAGUGAUAUAAGUAAAUUAACAAGCAGUUGGCGUACUGGUGCAUUUUUAGGACGGAUUACCCUUCGAGAUGAUUCGUCUACAACAAGUCCAAGUAGUUCAGGCGGCCAUGGAGAUACCAAUUCUGAUUCAAUAUCACCUCAACUACAAACAUACCUGUCGGAGCGCACAGGCUGUGAAAUAGACAACUCUGGUCUGCAGCAGCAGUACACGGCUCAGCUCGAGGCCAAGCUGCGGGAGAGGGAUGCCUAUUGGGAGCAGAGGGUCGAAGAAUUGCAGCAGUCAUUGGCUGCUGUUCAGGGGGAAGAAGCGGCCGCCGCGCAGGCCGUUGCCCGCAUCGCCCAAUCGGAGGCGGCUCGUGCGAGCAGCGAGCGAGAUGUCGCUCUCCGGCAGCUUAACGAGCUGAAGACACGCCUGGCAGCAGUCGAGACCGCACAAAACAGACUUGAUACGCUUACGGAGGAACUGGAGCAGUCUCGGCGGCAGUGGGCCCGCGAGCGCGCGGAGCUGACGGGCGCGCUGGGCGAGGCGGACGCACGCGCACGCGACCUCGCCGACCAGCUGGAGGUGCUGCGCGCCGCACUGCCGCCUGACAACCCUCACCAUCAUAUGCACGAUGAUGACAAGCGCGAGUUGUUGGUGAGUGGGUGCGCGGAGUUUGACCGCGUGAGUCGCGAGCGCGCCGUACUCUCCCGUCAGCUGCAGGAAGCCAAGAUGGCGCUCGCUGACGUCAAGACCUCCUGGAGCGGACAGAUUGCAUCACUGGAGACACAGGUGGCGCGCUUGUCGCGGCAAGCCGGGGAGGAGGGGGCGGAGAGACGCAGAGUUGAGACAGAGAAGAAAGAGAUACAAGACAAACUUAACAAAAUGGCCGCCGAACUCGACAAAACUAAACAGAGCUUGGCCAAUAGUGAAGCUAAGGUGACGCGACUGAACGGGGAGGUGCAUUCUCUGGCGAUGGAGGUGAAGGGUCUGCGAGCCGCCGCCGACCGCUCGGACGAGAAGACAAUGGAGUUGGAGCGGAGGUUGCAGGUGUUGACGAAUGAAAAUAAGAAGCUGAUGGAGGAGCUGGAGGAGGAGAAGGAGAGAGUGAACGAGCUAAAGGAUAGUGCAGAGGCGUCCAAUCGGCGAGAAGAUCAGCACAGGACUGAGGUCACACGCCUCCAUUCCGUCGUCACUGAGAUGCAGCAAGACUACGUCAAUAUGCAAAAGAAAUAUGACAAUACAAGGAACGAUGUUUAUAGAGAGAGGCGACAAAAGGACGAAGCAUUGUUGCGUAACGCGACGAUGUCUCAAUCCGUGGAGAUGAGUCAAUGCGAGGUGCGGUAUCUGGAGGACGAGCUGGCGGAGCAGCGCACCAAGAUAGCAGAGCUGGAAGAAGUCAUCGCGGACCAUAAAGAGAAUCAGGCGACUUGCAUGAUAAUAAAGCAGAACGAAGAGAAAAAAGAAGAAGAAAUUGACGAUUUAAAGAAAAGAAUUAUAAGCUUGAUGACAAGUGAAAGCGAACUUAAGAAAAAAGUACACUAUUUAGAAACUGAAAUCAUUGAUAAAAAUAAGAAAAUAAAAACAUUAGAGAAUCGGAUAUUAGACAUGAAGAAGACUUUGCAGCGCGAACUGCAAAGCAGCAAAUCUGACCUCACCUCCGCAGAGGAGCAGGACAUUAGCAGGCGUUACUUGAAGCACGUGGUGUUACGUUUCGUGACGGGACGUGAGCGCGAGGCGCGCCAGCUGACGCGUGCGCUGGCGGCGCUGCUGCGGCUGUCUGCGCACGAGGAGGCCUCGCUGCGCGCCGCGCUGCCUCCGCGCUCCUCCGGCCUGGCCGCCUGGCUGCCCGCCAUGCCCGCCAUGCCCGCCAUCUCCUCGCUCUCCUCCCUCACCUCGCUCACCUCCAACACGUGACACCAGAUAUAAAGGUAGCAAUGUGAAAAAAUAGCAGCUUUGUUCACCUGUUCAUAGUAUCCUCGAUUUUGUUUCGUCUCGGUAACAAUUUAUGUGACCGACGAGCGAAGACAAGUGGAGGUUACGGCUAAAGAUACUUAUUAUUGUUAAGAACAGCAUAGAACAUACUAUUGGGUGAUUAAAUAAUUGAAAUAUACAAUUUAUGGAAUUUCACGCGCAUUUCUUAAAGGAAUUUGUACUCGGCGCUUAAAGCACUAAAAUGAAUCGAUGAAAAAAGUUACACGUUUCUUGUAAAUGUUACUCUUUUCUAUAGAUUGAAAUAAGCGCGGCCGCGUCUUCUAACAUUUUCCUCUUUAAUCCAUACGUGUGAUUAUUAUUUGUAACUAAUACCUUAUUGUGAAGUUUUAAUCCUUUAACUGGUAGAAGCAAUUUUGUUUUUCGGAAAAAUAAAAACUCGUUUUUUUGGUUUAUUGUGGGUACUUUAAUAACUUUUAUUAAAGAAAAAAACAAUCAUAUUUAGUGAAGGAAAGAAAACAUGGUAGCAAUAUCCUUGCCAACACCAGUAUGAGCUCUGUUAAAUUGUUCAUGGAUUUUCCUCUUGCAGUUGGUGAAAUCAUUUAAAACAUGUUUUAAGGUAUUGGUGCUACAAAGUAGAAAAAUUCAUAACAUGUUGGUGGCACACAUAUUGCCACCAUCAGUAAAAGGGUUAUAACCAAUGGGGCUAAACAAAGUGCAUUCGCUUUGAAGCAAUUGUAUGGAACUGACGCAUGAUAAACAAUCACGUGACAUCGAAAGUUAUGGUCCUAUAUACAUUUUUGAAGUUCGUUAUGGAAUCAUUUCGGAGCGAAUGCACUUUGUCUAGCUCCGCUGAUCUCUAUAAAUAGAUAAGCGAUUGCUUGGAAAUGUGAGCUAUUGCUUUGUUCUGAUUUAAAAGCGCCUUUUGAUGUAUGACAAUUAAAUCUGUCUGUAUAUUAUUAGUUCGCUUCCACGUCAUCAACGUCGAAAUGACGAAAAUACAAUAGGCGCAAAAUACUUCUACUUACAGCCUGUCCAUUUAUAGAGGUCAGUUUUUAAGAUCUGCAAUCCCAUGCAUUCCUGCAUCACACUGUUGAUUACGUAUAAAAAAUUUACAUUAUAUUAUAUCUUUUUCUCUUAUAAAAUCUUUCUGGUGCUCUUCCAAACAUGUUUUGAGUUUUUUCUCACUAUUAUUAGUUUCGUUUACUGAAUUAUAAUUAAAUUAAUUUAAUUAACAAUCUAGAUUUAAUCUAAUCGAAUGGCUGAAAAAAGUAUUAUUUUAUAUUACGCAUAAGUUUUUUUUAAGUAUUUAAGUACUUUUAUAAGUGUUAGAACGACUUACACAUAUUUAUUUUAAUAAAGUUCUAAAGAAAAAAAACCUUAAUUGAUUUUUUAUGUUUAUUUCAAAGUUUUUAUUAUUUCUAGUUAAUGCUGUAAUAAAUUUUUUACCACAAAUGAUGAAUCUUGUAGUAUUUUAUUGUAGGUUGCUCUUAAUAUUUAAAAUGAAAUGUUUAGAAAUGUUCGGUUGUAGGGCACAACGUAAUAUUAAAAAUGUUAGAUGUACAUUUUUUAGGUUACGAAUUAUACGUUCGUUUAUUAACUGUAAGUUUCCGAGACCAAAAUCCCGGUUUACAUAUUGUUCUCACUGUUUUGUCCAAGAUAAUGACAGAUGUCGAUAUGUUUACGCAGAUUAUGAUCUUAGAAACCCACGGUAAUGCGUCAAAAAGUAGCGAGAAAUAGAGAAAAUAGAAUUAAAUAAAUGAUACUGCCUCCAUUACACAUAAAAUAUUUAUUAUAUUGGACGAAAUGUUGCAUGCGAUUUUAUGUGAAUAAAUGUUAACAUAUCGACAGAAAAUAGCUUCCUAAAAACAAAGUAUUUAAUAAAUUGUAGCAUUUUGUACACAAACUUCUUUCGUUAUUAUUAGAAUUCUUGUACAUAAUUUACCUUUCAAAUUAUAACAAAAUGUUAUUAUUUUUUUUUAAUCUAGUCUAGCUUGUUCAAUAUGUCUGAAGUUUAGUUUUGUACGUCUUUUUGUGUGAUAAAUAUAUAGGUUCAGACCUUUAUUUUAAAAUGUUUGGUUUAUUUUUGU